GGUGUGGAUUUGUCCAGUGUGCUGUGUGUGUGUGUGUGUGUGUGUGUGUGUGUGGCUGCAGAAAUGUCUGCGCUGCUCCUCUUGUGUGUGUGGAUGCUCUCCCUGGGCCGUGAUGUUGUCGCACAGGACAGAACGUAUCUGAUCACAUCUCCUCGGCUGGUGCGGCUGGAUGCAGUGGAGACGGUGGUAGUGCAGGUGUUUGACGAGCAGGACGCCACCGUGCAGCUGCACCUGAAGAAGUCCCUGGCCGCAGGGGACACUCAGUAUGCCACGGAGACCGUCCAGCUCAACGCAGAGAACAGCUACCAAGCGGCCGCCAACAUGCGGAUCGUCUCCAAGGACUUCCCGUCUGAUGUCACCCAUGUGUACCUCCACGCUGUGGGCAGCGGCAUUAACCAGCACGAGAGAAUGCCCAUCUCCCGUGACAACGGACUCCUCUUCAUCCAGACUGACAAGCCUCUAUACACACCUGAGCAGUCGGUGAAAGUGAGGGUCUUCUCCCUGAGUGAAGAGCUGAAACCAGCCAGGAGAAAAGUCACUCUCACAUUUCGGGACCCUGAUGCCGUGAAAGUGGACAUUGUGGACCUGGAGGAUGUUAGUGGGAUCAUAUCGAUGCUGCACCCUUUUAAAAUACCCCUCAAGCCAAAGUUCGGGGUGUGGAAGAUCGAGGCGUCCUACACAGAUGACUUCAGCACAACUGCCUAUGCUCAGUUUGAAGUCAAGGAGUAUGUUUUACCCAGCAUCAUAGUGACUAUACAACCAGAGCAGCGCUACAUCAGCCAAGCCAACAUGGACUCCUUCAAGCUGAGCGUCACAGCCAGGUAUGCUCAUGGAGCCCCUGUGCAGCAAGCCUAUGUGAUGAGCAGGUUUGGCUACAUCUCAGGAGAGAGCACAGUCAUCCUACCCAGGACCAGCAGGACUGUGGAGCUGACUGAUGGCCAGACGGAGCUCAACCUGAACAUCACACAGGCCCUCGCUGACGCCAAGGAUGGACCCAAAGACCUACCGCAGCUUGAGGGCACACACCUGUAUGUGAUGAUCACAGUGGAGGAGACUACAGGUGGCGUCAGACAGCAGGCUGAGUUGGCCACUGUCAAGUUUGUAGCGUCUCCCUUCAGUUUGAGCUUGAUUGCAACUCCUCUCUUCAUCAAACCAGCGCUCCCAUAUACUGUCAGGGCAGUGGUGAGGGGCCCAAUGGGGGAUCCGGUGAGUGGUGUGCCUGUCAAGAUCCAGGCGUCGGUCACCAACGGCAACGGGCAGCAGGAUGUGCUGUUGUACUCCAACACGGAGCGGGACGCCACCCAGGUGUCCGACAGUGAUGGGGUGGCCCGCUUCACCUACAACAUCCCCAGCACCUCCGUCAGGGCCCAGUUUGUAAUGGAGACGGUUGAUAAGAAGCUGCCCUCCGAGAGUCAGGCUGCAUUCAAGUUCAAGGCUGACACGUAUGUGUCCACAAGAGGGCGCUAUCUCUCGAUCACUUCCAGCCAGCAGUACCUCACCCUCAAGUCUUUCAGCUACCAGGUGCUGUCCAAGGGCAGAGUGGUGAAGCAGGCCACUCAGCCACGCCGGGGCACCUCAACGGAGUUCAUCAACCUGAAGGUGACGCCGGACAUGGUGCCGUCCGCCCGGCUCAUCGUCUACUACGUCCAGUCAGGAGAGGGCGCCGCAGAGCUGGUGGCCGACUCCGUGUGGUUCGACGUCCAGGACAAGUGUAUGAAUGGACUCAAGGUGGCGCUAAGUGUCCCCAGCCCUCAGUACGAGCCCAAAGAGGAGCUGGCCCUGCAGCUGAAGAGCAGCCAAAGCUCUGUGGUGGCCCUGGCAUCCGUGGACACAGCACUCCACUCCCUCAGGCUCAAGCACACAGACCCACUCAGCACUGUGUUGCGGCAUGUGGAGAGGAAGGACAUGGGUUGUGGUGGAGGAGGAGGGAGGGACGCAGCUGAUGUGUUCCGCAGAGCCGGCCUCAUCUUCAUGACCAACGCUAACGCCAAGACAGUCAUCGAAGGUGACACAUGCUCUGACGUUGUAAGGCCUAAGAGGGAAUUGAAAAAGGAGCACUGUGACCAAAUGAUCCAAAGGUUUCCUGCUCUGAAGCGCUACUGUGUGGAGGGCAGUAAGCAGUUACCUACUUUAGAGUCCUGUGAAGCCAGAGUCAGUCGGUUGGGAUUUGCACACCGUCAAUUGGCGAGGGAAGCCUUUCUGUGCUGCUGCAAAGUGGCCCUUCAGCUAAUGAACAGACCUGGGGUGGUCACUCUUGCUCGCUCAGAGAUGGAAGCCCUGUUUGAAGAUAGCCUCCCCAUGCAGAUCCGGAGCUAUUUCCCUGAGAGUUGGCUUUGGGAGGAGCACCAAGUCCCAGAGGGUACUACAGUCCUCAGACGGAUGCUCCCAGAUUCUCUGACCACCUGGGAGAUGAGAGCAAUUGGUCUGUCUAACGAUGGCGUGUGUGUGUCGGAGCCGCUGCGGGUGUCGGUGAGCCAGGCGGUGAGUGUGGACGUGCCUCUGCCCUACACUAUGGUGCGCGGAGAGCAGAUCGAGCUGAAGGGCUCCAUCUACAACCAGCACGACCAGGAAUCAUGGUUCUCCCUGACUCUGGACGCCUCCGAGGGGAUCUGUGUGUUCCGUGGACAGAACUCUGAGGAGAAGAAUAAGGGCGUUCUGGACAAACAUUCCGUCCACUUCGUCCACUUCUACAUCAUGGCCCUGGAGGCCGGCACACACACCCUCAACUUCACGCUCGGCACCCGGUGGGGCCGAGAGAGACUGGUCAAGAUUCUGCGAGUGACCCCUGAAGGGAUCCUGACUGAGGACAACACUGGGGCCACCAUCGACCCCCAGGGCAUCUACGGAAGUGCCAAGAGAAAAGUGGAGCUGAGGAACUCUUUUCCUCCAAAGGUGGUGCCAAACUCACCAGUGGAGCGGCGCCUCACUCUUACCGGUGAAUUGCUGGGAGAGGUACUGGCCAUCAUGAACGACCCCAAGGGGCUUCAGCAGCUGGUGAACCUGCCACGGGGCUCUGCUGAGAAGGAGCUGAUGGGUCUCCUGCCCCUCUACUACGUGUACCACUACAUGGAGAUGGGCAGCCACUGGGCCGGCCUUGGGCCCCAGGCCGCCGACAUCAAGGCCGACCUCAAAAACAAGAUGAAGGAGGGCCUCAUCAGCAUCAUGUCCUUUAAGACAAGAGUCAACGACGCCUUCAGCAUGUGGAAGGACAGAGAAGCAAGCACAUGGCUUACUGCUCUCAUGGUGAAGACUCUGGCAGAAGUGAACAAGUACACUGCUGUGGAUGGCAAUGAUGUCUCCAAGUGCAUCUAUUGGCUGGUCAACAGCUGUCAGAAAGCAGAUGGGUCUUUCCUGGAAACAUCCAACUACAAGCCUAUAAAACUCAUGGGCGCUGGAGCCGACACCACAGAACAGGCCGCUUACCUCACGUCCUUCGUCAUCAUCGGAAUCAAGAACGCCAUGGCGGAAGUUCCAGAAUGUAAUCUCCAGCUGUAUUCGGAGUCACUGAAGAAGGCAGAGAGCUUCCUGUUCGACAGUGUCCAGUCGGGGAAGCUGAAGAGCCUGUACGUGCGAGCGGUGACGGCCUACGCUCUCAGCCUCCUCGACAGCAGCAGCAUUCCGUCCGUAACGCUCUACGAGGGACUGCAGGCGGCCGCCAGUGUCAAAGGUAACCCACCUGUGGUGCGCUUCUGGCAGGAAGACUCGUCGGCUGCGAACCCCCUGAAGCCACAUAAGGCGUCGGCCCAGACGGUGGAGACAACCGUCUACGUGCUGCUGACCGCCCUGCUGAGAGGCCACGCCUCCCACGUCAAACCCAUCCUCACCUGGCUCACGCAGGACCAGCGCUACGGCGGAGGAUUCUACUCUACGCAGGACACUAUACUCACCUUGGAGGCCUUGGCCAAGUAUAGCAUCAUGACCAAGGAUGCCAUCCUGAACAUGGGCAUCAAGGCGGCAUACAGGACCAAAGGAGACCUGGAUUUCAUCACCCUCACGGACAGCAGACCUGUUGGCAAGCCCAUAACAGUGACGAAAAAUGAUGACAUCAUCCUCUCCACAGGGCUCAGCACUGGAGUAUCUGUGGCUAAUCUGAAAACAGUCUAUUACAAAAUGGUAGAGGACAGUGACACUUGCCACUUUGACAUUUCCAUUGAUAUGAAGCCACGCAACCCACGCUCCAAUAACUACAUGGAGUUGUUACCACGCAUCAUCGCCUGUGCGAGGUAUAAACCAUCGGAGAAUGAGGUGUACACAGAGGCCAGUCACACUGUCAUGGAGAUUCAACUGCCAACGGGAGUAAACCCACUACAAGAGGACCUGGACACGAUGCAGAAUGGCCUCGAGACUCUCAUCUCUGAUUACGAAAUUGACGGGGACAAAGUCAUCAUCCAACUGGACUCGGGUGUACAGUCUGUAGUGUCCAGUAUGGCGUACAGCAAUAGUCCCCAGCGUCCAGGGUGCACAGUAACGGUUCCCAGUGUCCAUAAGGGUACAGCAAUAGUCCUCCAGCGUUCAGGGCACAGCAACGGUCCUGCGGACCUCCCCAGGGUGCCCUCGGCCGCAUCCAUACCGCGGGACCCGCUGCCCAGAGCCAACACGGGCCACCAGCGCCCAGGUUCCAACCAUGCCACCCAGGCAUGCCAACCACCCAGGUAUGCCAACCAUGCCAACCACGACCCAGGUAUGCCAACCACGACCCAGUGUGUUGGUUUAGUGUGGAGUUGUCUCUGUCUCUCACAGAGAGCUGUUCUAAUGAUAAUGAGUGUAGUGUGUUGGUUUAGUGUGGAGUUGUGUCUGUCUCCCACAGAGAGCUCGUGCUCUAAGGUCUACCACCCACAGGAGCGCAAACUACUGAGGCUGUGUGAAAAGGAACAGUGCCACUGCAUGGCAGCGGAAUGCUGCACCUUCAGAUCCACUCUGGACACUGAUCAGAUCAACGCUGACUCCCUGCAGAAGGACAUGUGCAAGGACAGGGUCAAAUAUGCGUUUAAGGUCAUUGUUGAGUCGAAUGAAGCCGAGGGAGAUUUUGUGACAUACAAAGCGAAAGUACAGGAUGUCUUCAAAAAAGGGGCAGAGGACGUAAAGAUCGGCUCAGAGGUGGAGUUUGUGAAGAAGGCCACGUGCAGCUCCACACGGGUGGAGGCAGGACAGCAGUACCUGGUGAUGGGGGCGGAGAUCAUGCAGAUACGGCAGCACCGCUCCUACAGAUAUAAGUUCCCACUGGACUCCCAGGCACAGGUGGACAUAUGGCCGGACAGAGCGACCUGCAAGGAGAGGGCCUGCACAAACUACCUCAGAGAGCUUGACAACUUCACAGAUAACAUUCUCAUCGAUGGUUGCUGAGGGAACCAAAGUCACCUGACCUCCACAGAGCCAAUGAGAGGACAGGGAGCCUGCAAAGCACCUGGAGAAUGUAGAUAUACCCACUGUACUCACAAGUGUUUGGAAAUGUACCUAUGAUACGCAGUGGAAUGCAGUGAUUGUUAACCUGUAAAAACAAAUAAAUACAUUUACAGACAAAAUA